GCUUAUACCAAUUGUGGAAAGGAUUUUAAAAUUAAAUUGAGAUUGGUUUGGGUGACAUUUUAGUUGGAUAUAUUGAAGAGCAAUCAUUGACUGAAAGGGUUAUAAUUUCAAUCAUUACAUCAUGUUAUCGUUAGGAAAAUCAUUAAAGACGGGAAUGGGAUCGUAUCCAUUAGUUGGAGCUAAACGAUUCUUAAGUAAUAAUUCCAAAUUAGGUUUGAAAUUGAAACCUACUUUAAAAUCGAGUUUUAUUCCUUCACCCAUCACAUUUGCUAUUGGUUUAGUGGGUUUAGCAGUUGGAGGUUAUUAUUAUCUUGAUGCUAGAUCAGCUUUACAUGAAUAUAUUGUAUGUCCAAUUAUUAGAGCUACAACUUCAGCUGAACAAGGUCAUAAAUUAGGAAUUUUCUUUAUGAAAUAUAAUUUAACUCCAAGAUUAUUAGAUGAUGAUAUUAAUAAUCCUGAUGAUAUUUUAGGUGUUGAUGUAUUUGGAACUCAUUUAAGAAAUCCAAUUGGUUUAGCUGCUGGUUUAGAUAAAGAUGGUGAAGCUAUUGAAGCUUUAUUUAAUAGUGGAUUUUCUUAUGUUGAAAUUGGUUCAAUUACUCCUUUACCACAACCAGGUAAUCCUCAACCUCGAUUCUUUAGAUUACCAAGAGAUGAUGCAGUUAUUAAUAGAUAUGGAUUUAAUUCUUCGGGACAUUUUAAUGUUAUAAGUAAUUUGAAAUUAAGAUUUAAUAAACUUUUCCCAUCUCAUCCAAAUCCUUAUUCAAUGGCUUUUAGACAAGGUAAAUUAUUAGGUAUUAAUUUAGGUAAAAAUAAGACUGGAGAUGAAAUUGAAGAUUAUGUUUCUGGUGUUGAAAGAUUAAGUCCUUAUGCUGAUGUUCUUAUUAUUAAUGUUUCAUCUCCUAAUACUCCUGGAUUAAGAGAUUUACAAUCUGAAUCUAAAUUAACUAAUUUAUUAUCAACUGUAGUCGGAAAGAGAUCUAUUAAUUUAUUAGGUAAAUUACCUCCAAUUUUAGUUAAAGUUGCACCAGAUUUAACUGAACCAGAAUUAGAAUCUAUUGCUAAUAGUGCUAAACAAGCAAAAGUUGAUGGUAUUAUUAUUUCCAAUACCACCAUUCAAAGACCAGUAGAUAAACUUUUAACUACUGAUAAAGAACUUAUUAAUCAAACAGGUGGACUUUCUGGUAAACCAUUAAAACCUUAUUCUUUAAAAGCUUUAAGAACUUUAAGAAAAUAUACUAAAGAUUCUAAUUUAGUAUUAAUUGGUUGUGGAGGUAUUUCUAAUGGUCAAGAUGCUUUAGAAUUCGGUAAAGCUGGGGCUACAUUCAUUCAAUUAUAUACUGCUUUUGCUUAUAAGGGUCCUGGAUUACCUGGAAAAGUUAGAGAUGAAUUAGUUGACUUAUUAAAGAAGGAAGGUAAGACUUGGAAGGAUAUAAUUGGUGAAGAUGAUAAAUGAAUGAUAUUAUCAGCUUAAGUAUUGCGGUGUGGGUGUGCGACUUUUUAUAGAAGGUAUAAACAAAAAAAAAAGUUAUCAGAAAUUCUAUAGAAAAUGUAAACAAACUCACUAUAUAUAUAGACUAA